UUUUCAACGUUAUAAAAGAUAUUGGAGGAGGGGCAUUUUUGGAAUGUGCUGAGGAAGACGGGUACUCGCACAGCUGGAUAUACAUGGACCUGUUUGUUUCUCUGGAGAAUGGCCAUGGCUCUACGCUUUACUACUCUUCUUCUUUUUAUUUGUUUAUGACAUCUCGUGACGACUCUAAUAAAAUAUUUGAAUAUUUUUCGUGUGUGUGUGUGUGUGUCUGCUUGUUCAUAUCCACCAUUAUAUAUAUAUUUAUCUCCAAUCUCAAGUAUCCAUAUUCCUUUUGUUACCAUUGUCGUGCUAUAGUACCUGCGUUGAUGCCCUUGAGAGCGCCAAACCACUAACAAACGCUGAAUCGGGCAAUUGUCGCGGAAUGGCGCAAACCUGUCUGGUUCGCGCAGCACCGCAAUUUGUCCACGGAAAAUUCCCACAACGACCACCGAGGCCAACACGUAGGGGGACGGGCCAGCGCGAGAGCAUCAACAACACAGUAACACAACGGACUGAA